CCUGCUGGAUGGUAAACAGUGGACUGCGAGGUAAACACUUGUGCAGAUGGCAAUGACGUCAUCGCCGCUGGCUCCGCAGUCGGCGCAGACUCUGCCCGCCUGUCCAAUGGUGACUUCAGGCACGGACGUAACUAUCGGAGUUUGGAUACAGCGAGGCGGCGAUCUGAUUAGAAAAGAACUGAUUUCUUCUUAAUGAUUGAAGACAUGCCACACCAUCGGAAAAAAACAGCGUGGGUGAAAGCCUCGGUAAAGUUCCUCCGCAUUGGCUGUUGGACCACUUCCGAUGUGUCAGCAAAUGUGAAUGCCUCAACCACGAUGCAGAAAACCAUUAUUUUUUUACUGAUUAUUUGGAACUCGUCCACCUUUGCCUCAGGGAACAGCAUGUACCACCUUCAUUUCUCGCUGGGAUGUCAAGCUGUGAUACCUUGUCAACAUAUGAGACGUGACUCAAACUCCUUCAAAUGGUUUUACAAAAAGGAUGAACAUGAUAAAAAAAUCCAGAUAUUUUUUCAAGAUAGGCAAGGACUACGACACCGCAGUGUCUUUCAUCUCAGAGGGAGUGUUAUACACAAUCGUUCCUUGGUCAUCAAUAAAUUUACCGAGGAUGAUCAAGGCCUGUACUGGUGUGAAAACUGUUAUGACAACAAGUGCAAUAGUGACCACUCCACAGUCAUCAGAGUCAACAAAGAGAUUCUGGAUGAAAUUCAUGAGAUAAUAAAUGUGACUGUUGGAAGCAGUUUUACACAUGCAUGUCCAGGUGAAUUUACUAACUUAAAAUGGACUUUUGAAGCAAGUAAUUUGACGGCUCUAAGGACCUCAGGAGUAAGAUCGAAAACAGACUUUGUAAAUACCAACAAGUAUAUACGCAUUGCAAAUGUGCAAAGAGCAGAUGCUGGGAAAUAUACCUGCUGGACGAGGAGAUGCGAUAGACACAGACAGAAGCUACUGACUAUCAACUUGUGUGUAGUCACAGGCAAUGGAACUCACGCACCAUCAAAUGCUUCAAAUGAAACAACAGGUACACUUACAAUCCCUCGGUAUCUGAUACCAGCUAUUUAUGGAACAUCAGCAGCCCUUGCAUUUCUUAUUUUAAUGGCACUUAUAAUUUUCUACUUCAGACCACGUUUUCAGGCAGAUUUUUCAGAUCGUCCUUAUGGCUGUUGCAUUUAUGGCAGGGAAGAGAGGACUUCAGUGGUUUAUUCAUCAGUUGUCAUCAGAAGAGCUGCUCAGAAAACAAACAAUCAUAUGACUUACAGUGAUUGUUUGUAUAGUGAAAUAAACGUAUAGAGAAAAGGUCCCAGAUUAAGAGGGUCCAUAAAUGUUUAAAUGACAGUUUCCACCCUCAGUGUCAUAUGAUUAAUUUAAUUCCUCAAUACUUGUGUUUCUUGGGAAAAAAAACAUUGGUGACUUCACCCAGGCUGUUCUGAUGGAAAAUUUUGAAGCAUUGGGUCUUUUUUGAUGAGGAAGUUUCUUAUCUGAGUGAAGUGACCCAAUUCAGCAGUCAUGAUAAAAUCUGACUGGAUUCUCUACACAAUAAAAAAUUACUUUAUCAUUUCCUUUCCUUUUUUUUUUUCCUUACCUUAUCAAACACAGGAACAACCUUUCUGAAAAUCAAGGGGAUAUUGCUAUUCCAUAAUUCCUAGCUCCAACAUCACUGACAAUUUAGGUAUUGAAAAAUAUUUGUAUUUGUCCAGACA